AUGCCAUGGCGAGUUCGGGCCGGUCGGGUGCGGCACAUAGCAGCAGACUGCAGGAGGGAGCAAGAGAGAGCACCAGGCAGCAGCAGAGAGCAGCCGCAUCCUCGCCCUCCCCCGUGCCUCGCCGCUGUUCCCUUCGCGCCGUUCCGCGCCGUUUACUCCGCGCCGAUUCUUUCAGCACCGAUUCUUUCCGCGCGCCUCCCCCUCGUCUGUUCCCUCCAACGACGCGCGCGAUGGUGCGACGACGCGAGGGCGUCGCUGCUGUCGCACGAGAGCGAGCCGGAGUGCGCGCAAGUGGCGGGCAUGGCGAGCGACCUCGUCGUCACCAUCGGCCAGUGCGCCUUUCACGUGCACCAGUACCCGCUGUACGCGUUACUAGCCUUCCACGUGCACCAGUACCCGCUGCUUCACGGUUCAGACGCUCCAGACUCCCCCUCUGUCCCCUCCUUUCUCCUCCGUUCCCCUCUCUUCCUGUCGCUUCCCGUCCCUUCCCGUCCUUUCCCUUCCCGUCCCUUCCUUCCUCCUCCUCCCUCUCCCUUUCCUUCCCGCUCUUCCCCCCCUCAGCUUCUCCCUGUCGACGGUGAUAGCAAGCGCGGCAGCAGCAGCGGGCGGCCGCCCCUGCCGCCUCUCGCCCCACUCACUGCUGCUCGUGCGCUCUGCAGCAUCGCUGGUGGAGAUGAACGCGUGUGGGCCCUGCAGCACUUCCUGCAGCACUGGCCGCCCUGCCUGCACGUGCUCUCAUCGUAUGUCUUGCUGCUGACAAGUGAGGGGAUGGAGUUCACUGCAUCUGGCCUCCCAGCGCCUGCAGCGCCUCCUGCAGCACUGCCCGCACGUGCUCUCAUCGUUUGUCGCUGA